AUGUACGCUGCCCCCCAGGGCCAGGCACAGCAGGUGUCUCCGGCCAAUGGUGGUGCCUCUGGCAAGAGCGCCGACGACCCGAACGCAAAGUCGCUCUAUGUCGGCAACCUGGACCCGCGCGUCACGGAGCAGGGCCAUGGCGGUCUCAGCUACGGGUUUGACGCCGAGGCCUCGCUGCAGGCGCUCAACGGUCGCCGCGUCUACGAAUAUGAGAUUCGUGUUAACUGGGCGUUCACGGGUGGUGUGCAGAUCCAGGAGGACACCAGCAACCACUUCCACAUCUUUGUGGGUGACCUGAGCUCCGAGGCCUUCAGCGCCUUUCCGUCCAUGAGCGACGCGCGCGUCAUGUGGGACAUGACGUCGGGGAAGUCGCGCGGGUACGGAUUCGUGGCCUUCCGCGACCGCAGCGACGCUGACAACGCGAUCAGCUCGAUGAACGGCGAAUGGCUUGGCAGCCGGGCUAUCCGCGUGAACUGGGCAAACCAGAAGGCCGCGCCCAAGUCCCGUGCCGAGCCGAUGCACAGUGCCCAGCAGCCGCUGUCCUACGACGUGAUCGUUGCGCAGACCGCACAGUACAACUCCACCGUGUAUGUGGGCAACCUGACCAACUACACGACGCAGGAGCAGCUGCAGCCGCUGUUCCAGCCCUUUGGCUUUAACGCCGCUAUGGCGAUCACGCAGCUCAACGGCACCAUGCUGAACGGCCGCCCGAUCAAGUGCUCGUGGGGCAAGGACAGGACCACCGAUCCCAAGGCUGCCUUUGGCGCUGCUGCCGCAGCAAACCCGGCCUACUCGUACCCGUACGCGUACGGCUUGCCCCAGCAGCAAUACGGCCUCCCUGGCGCCGCCGGUGCCCAGCAGCCGCCCCCACAGGCCAACAACCCGCAGGGCUGGAGCAACUUUGGCUACGAGCAAUACGGCUAUUACAACGCGGCCAGCUACCCGCAGCCUGGCCAGCUCAUGCCCCAGGCCGCGAUUGGCGUCCACGCCUCGGCCCCUGGAUCCGUGCCCUCUGCCGCCCAUGUCCACCAGGGCCACGAGGGAGCCUACUAA